CAAGCGGCCGGCUAGCGGACGGAGCAGUCCCUAAAUCCCUCAAAAUUACCCGAAUUCAAUCCCCAAACAGCAAACCCACCACGCUGAGUUUCUCAGAUCCCUUCGGGCCUCCUCAGUCCACGGACGGGGGGGGCCCGUCGACGCCGCAACCCGCCAUGACCACCCAGGAGCUAGACCACCAACAUCACCACUUGGGGGGGUCGCAAACCCCCCACGACAUAUCAAACUCCACGAAUUCAACCCCCACAAACGUGUCCUCAAAAUCUGCUUUCAUAGAAUUACAGCAGCACGGUUACGGUCCUUUUAAGGGUGGGUAUCAACAUCCCCACCAUUUCGGCAGCCCGGGUGGUCAGCAGAACCCUCAUGAAGCCUCGGGGUUUCCGAGUCCAAGAUCCUUAGGUUAUCCAUUUCCUCCCAUGCAUCAAAAUACGUAUGGAUAUCACAUAGGUUCCUAUGCCCCGCAAUGCGCAAGUCCGCCCAAAGACGAAAAAUGUGGUCUGUCAGACGACCCGGGCCUCCGAGUGAACGGCAAGGGGAAGAAAAUGAGGAAACCCCGCACGAUAUACUCAAGCCUUCAGCUUCAGCAGUUGAACAGGAGGUUUCAGAGGACACAGUACCUCGCUCUGCCCGAGAGAGCGGAGCUGGCGGCGAGCUUGGGCUUAACGCAAACGCAGGUUAAGAUUUGGUUCCAGAACCGGCGCAGUAAAUACAAAAAGAUGAUGAAGGCUGCGCAAGUAGGAGCGGUUCCCCCCGGGCUCGGGCUACCCCCCGGAAGUCCCCCCAAUAACAAUCAACUAUUACAUGGCGGAGGCGGCAGUUCCAGUGGCUCCCAGCACUCCCCGUCCGCGUACCAGAGCGGCCCCACGCAGGCCCACUCGCCCACGCCCAGCUCUACGCCCGUGUCGGAGCUCUCCCCCGGCCUGUCGCCCACGGGCACGCCAUGGGACGUGAAGCAACCGCCGCAACCCUCAUGGGACGUAAAGGUUGGAUAUCCAACGGCAGGCCGGUCCCCGGACGGCACUUCCUGCGAUGUGAAGCCUCCACACCAGCAGUCGUGGGAUCCAAGGGUCGGAUACGGCGCGCCACCCGGCCCUUGGGACAUGAAGGGCGCGCAUGCUCACGCGCUUCACCACCAGGGGGCGCCGCAACCGCACCCCCCCUACGUACCCCAGUACUCCUGGUACCAAGCUGACGCCAACCCUGGCCUUUUAACUGAAAACGGCUUAGCGUUAUUUCACCGGAUGGGGCUGAGAAGUCAAUUCUUGGGAUCGAAUGAACAAAAUAAUUAUGACAGCUGA